AGUUUCCUUCAAAAUUAGGUCACAUCUUCAGUGUGAGAGAGAUUCCUUUGGCAUUGGAGAUGAAGAAAAUUUGUGGUAUUCGUUUUCUCUCUUUCUAUCCUAAUUCACAUUCAAAUGGAUUUACAGUCAGAAUUUAUAGUAAUAAAUCCAUUUCGGCAAUCGAUAAGUAUGAUUUUGGGGUUAACAUCAAGUGUUUAGAUGAUGCUGUUAUUGUCUUCCAUCAAAUGGUUAGGAUGAAGCCUCUUCCUUCUCUUGUUGAAUUUUCUAAAUUAUUUAACACUAUGAUAAAUAGGAGGCAUUACUCUCCUGUCGUUUCUCUUUUUAGAGAAAUGCAGAAAUUGGGUAUCCCAAUUAACGGAUUCAUUUUGACUAGCGUGAUUAACAGCUAUUCCCUGAUGCAUCGUGCUGAUUGUGGGUUUUCGGUGUUACCCAUUUACCUCAAGAAGGGUAUUCCAUUUGAUACCGUCACCUUUAACACCCUAAUAAGGGGAAUCUUUGCUGAAAAUAAGGUCAAAGAUGCUGUUGAAUUGUUCAAAAAAUUGGUGAGAGACAAGAUUUGUGAACCUGAUGAAGUCACAUAUGGAACCCUAAUGAAUGGGCUUAGUAAAAGGGGUCAUACGGAGAAGACUUUAGGUUUGCUCCGAUUAAUGGAACAGGGGAACACUAAGCCCAACAUAUUUAACUACAACAUCGUCAUAGAUGCCCUUUGCAGAGAUGGGAACUUAGAUGCUGCUAUCAGCCUUUUGAACGAGAUGAAACAGAAAGGCAUUCCUCCAGACAUAGUCACCUAUAAUUCAGUGAUUGAUGGUUUGUGUAAGCUUGGUCAGUGGGAUAAGGUUAGGACUUUGUUCUCUGAUAUGGCCUUGAACCUUAAUAUUUAUCCAGAUGUGCGCACCUUCAACAUAGUGAUAGAUGGACUAUGUAAAGAAGGGAAAGUUGCAGAUGCUGAGGAAGUAAUGAAACUCAUGGUGGGAAGAGGUGUAGAGCCCAAUAUAAUCACCUACAGUGUGAUAAUGGAUGGAUAUUGUUUGUGUGGUCAACUUGAUGGAGCGAGGAGAAUUUUUGAUAUCAUGAUAGAUAAGAACAUUGAGCCUGACAUUAUUAGCUAUAACAUACUUAUAAAUGGAUAUUGUAAGAAAAAGAAAUUGUCCGAGGCCAUGCUAUUGUUUUGUGAAAUUUCUCAAAAGGGAUCAAAGUCUGAUAUUGUUACCUACAAUAUUAUCUUGCAAGGUCUGUUUGAAGUUGGAAGAAUUGGCGAUGCGGAAAAAAUUUAUGCCGAGAUGCUAUCUACGGGCCCUAGACCUGAUAUAUACACUCGUCGCACUUUGCUCAAUGGUUAUUUUAAGUAUGGGCUUGUUGGAGAAGCUAUGUCACUCUUUAAAAAGUUGGAAAGAAAGAGAGAAGAUACUAGUAUUGCAAUUUACAAUGUUGUCAUUAAUGGAUUGUGCAAAAAUGGUAAACUCGAUGAAGCUCUUGCUGUUUUUGAGAAGCUUUCGUUCAUUGGAUUGCUUCCGGAUGUGAGAACAUUCACUGUAAUGAUAAAUGGAUUUUGUCUUAAAGGGUUGUUUGAUGAAGCUAAAGAUAUUCUUAGAAAAAUGGAAGACAAUGAUUGCUUUCCAAACAAUAUCACUUACAAUGUUAUGGUGCAAGGAUUUCUCAGGUGCAACAGAAUUAGUGAAAUGGUUUCUUUCAUGAAGGAAAUGGUUGGAAGGGGAUUCUCGUUUGAUGCAACUACAACUGGGUUUUUGGUAAAUGUUAAGAGGGAGAAUCCUUCCGUCCUUGACAUGAUACAACAGCUUCAAUUGAAAAAUAAAAUAAGCUGAUGGCAAUUGGAACGUUGCUCGAGUUUGGUCCUGCGAAGGGCCUAUUCGAUUGGGAUUUUGAAGAUAUAACUGAAUUACUGCUGAAAUUGGAGGCUAUCUCUCCAUGAUCAGGUUGCUGACUUACUGUGGUGGAAGUUUCAGCAAGGCAGUUAAUUUCCUUGGGAGGCGUUCAAAAGGACUGACUGUUGAGAAUAUUUUGGAAGACAAUUGUAGAUCCAAGAGCUACCUGGUUCACUAGGCUUGUUUAACCCAUGACAACUUGCAAAAAGAGGAAUCGUUUUAUACAGCAGAUGCUUUUUUUUUAAAGUAUCGAUGAAUUUAUAAAUCAUCCACUGCUUCACUAGACUGAUCUGGACAAUGUUUCUUGCUAUUUUUGGUUUCCAGUGUGUCAUGCCUGGAUGCAUUGAACUUGCACUGACCAGCUGGUACGAGCAGUCCUCAUCAAGGGGCAACAAGCACCACACAACUUCUAUUCCUUCCUGCCUUUUCUGGUCUAUUUGUAUGGAGAGGAAUGAUAGACGUCUCAAUGACAUGAUAAACAACAUAAAGCAGGUCAAUAGAUGUUUAAAAAUCAUGUACCUAUGGUGCAGGAAGAAGCUUGUUCAGGUACCUUUCAGGAGUUAAAUCACAGUUGUAUGAUAGGUAUGGACAUCGAAGAUGUUGCCCGAGUUGUUCUGGAUGAGCAUAGGGAUGAUCUGAAUAUCUAAAUGCCCUUUAUCUUUUAAAUAUUGGUGUGCUUCCUUUAUCUUUCAAGUAGUGGCGUGCUUGGGUCUUCUAGAAUAAUGUGCCUCUGGUUGUGUCUGUACAACACAACUUUUCCAGUUUUUAGUGUUCUUAUAACUGCCGAUAGUUUAAUACAACAGUUUCUUUAAACCAGAGAAAGAUGCUCAUCUUGUUGUAUGGAUUUGAUAUUCUAUUUCUUAAAAGCAUCCUGUGGUACUUUACAUUGA